GUUGAACAUGAUACAGGAAGGAGGGAAGGGUGACAAAUUAAGAUGAAUUUAUCCAGACCGGAUUCAGAGAAACCUACAAAUGGCGAGUUGGAACCAUUAACAGAGAAACCUACAAAUGGCGAGUUGGCACCAAGGAAAGAUAAAUCUGUAGUUAUAAUACAUGAACGUGAAAAGAGGUUGAUAUACAGGAUUAGUGAUAAUCCUCCAGUUCAUCUCACCUUUAUGUUCGCUAUACAGCAAAUGCUGACAACAAUAUCUAGUUCUAUGUCAAUGUCAGUAGUGGUAGCUGAGUUAGUAUGUGCACGAGAUGAUGAUGAGAUUAAAACUAAAAUUCUGAGUACCACCAUGUUGAUGUCUGGUAUAUCCACAUUCCUUGUUUCUACGUUUGGAGUUCGAAUUCCUAUUUAUCAGGGUCCAGCUUUACCCUAUAUAAUUCCUUUACUAGCCAUGUCAACAUUAAAGGAAUUCUAUUGUCCUAACUAUCAUGUUUCAACUGACUCGUUAUCUUCUGUAAAUGGUACUGCUGGUAUUUUUGGUGGUGCCAUCAGUUUAAAUGAAACCAGAGAAUUAACAUACAGUAAAAUACAGGCAAUAUCUGGGGGUUUAAUGGCAGCUGGUGUUAUACAUCUUUUGAUUGGUUUUACUGGAUUAGUUGGUGUAUUCGCCAGAUAUAUUGGACCAAUCACAAUCGUUCCCACAAUAACUUUAGUUGGACUUUCUAUUUAUACUGUGGCUGUUAAAUUCUCAGAAAAACAUUGGGGAGUAGCUGCCAUAACGACGGGAACUGGUCUGGUUUUAGCUCUGUAUUUAAACGGUAAAAAGACACCUUUACCAGGCUACAACAAAAAACGAGGUUUUUAUGUAAAAUGGUAUCCAUUACAUACUGUUUUUGCUAUACUGUUUUCAAUUAUGGCGGGGUGGACAUUGAGCGCCAUUUUAACUGUUUCAGGUUCAAUGUCUGACGACCGGAACCAUAUCCAUUACUACGCCAGAACAGACAGCAGAAAUGACAUCAUUUUUAAAAGCCCUUGGUUUUAUAUCGCCUAUCCAGGUCAGUUUGGUAUGAUGGGUUUUAGCGUGGCAGCGUUUAUUAGUUGCUUAGUGGCGACAUUUAUGUCAGUCAUCGAUUCUAUUGGAGAUUAUAAUGCAGCAGCUAGAGUUUGUUUAGUACCACCACCACCAUCGCAUGCUGUGAAUAGAGGAAUCUUUCUGGAAGGGGUGAUGAGUUUCUUUGCUGGUACAACAGGUGCUUGUCAUGCUACUGUGUCAUAUGGCGGAAACAUUGGCGCCGUGGGCAUCACUAAGGUUGCCAGUCGACGAGUAUUUCAGGUGAUGGCUAUCAUGUAUAUAAUAUUCUCUAUCGUAUUAAAGAUAAGUGCUGUAUUUAUCACCAUACCGUAUCCAGUACUCGGUGGAUGUAUGAUUCUAAGUUUUGGUAUUUUUAUUGGUCUCAUCUUGUCAAAUCUACAAUUUAUAGAUUUAAAUUCAACUCGUAAUUUGGCUAUUGUUGGUAUAGCUAUUCUACUAGGAUUGAUGUUACCUUACUGGGCGGAGAAAAAUCAGGAUGCAAUCAAAACAGGGAAUGCUCAUAUAGAUAAUAUAUUUUUAAUGUUAAUGUCCAAUGGUGGUUUUGUUGGUGGAUUUAUUGCUUUCUUCUUAGAUAAUACCGUUCCAGGAACGCUGAAAGACAGGGGAUUGGAUAUCACCGAAGAAUCACUGGAUGAGGAUUUAUACGAAGAAGGAUACGAAGUUUAUGAAUUUCAGAACAUUCCUCGAUUUAUCAAAGAAUCCCGAAUAUAUCAAUUCUUGCCAAUUUUCUCGAAACAAAAGAAUCUUUGAUAAUUUGUUUUUACCAUAACCACGAAUAAUUGGUCUUAAAUCCGCCUUGUUGAAUAAAUUUUAUAUCGUCUGUACUUCGAUGUUCUCAGGGCCAAAUAUUGCUGCUAUCAAAUAUGGGCUUUGUUUUUCAGGUUUUUUUUUCUAAGUCCAGAGGCUUAGUGGUCAUUCGAAUCCCAUCAAACAAAUACUGGUAGACUAGGGUGAUAUAUGUCUACCAAUGUCACUGUCGUGUGGGUGGUCAUUUUUUACUUUUGACCCCACUUAGAGGUUUGACCCUAAAUCAAGGUUUGACCCCAAAAUAGAGGUUUGACCCCAAAUAGAGGUUGACCCCAAAUAGAUUCAAAUUCUAAGAGAAAAAAAGUUGUAUAAAUCCACUGGUCAGAAAUUCCCCCCCCCCCAGCAAAUAAUUCGCCUUCGUGUCUAUUUAUAAAAUAUGUUAUUGCCCUGUCAUGUAACGUGGCUCUGUCAAGCGCACGGAGUCAGUUAGGCGCUUUAAAAGAUAAUACAAUUAAACAUACAUUAUGCAAGAGCUGAAUCUGCCUAUUGCAGAUCUUUCUUUAGGCCUGAAAUGUUUCUAAAUUAUUAAUUAGACAUUUAUUAACAAAUAACAAAACAAGAUCAUCUCGAUGGCACCGCUAGCCCGCGAUCUUUAGUGGAUUAUGAGCCGAUUUACUGCAGAACUUUCCUUCACGAUUUCAUGAUUAAAUGGAUAAUCGAGACUAUGCUGUUUAUCGUGGAGACUUUAGUAAUGAUGAUCGCUUAAUUCUCGGUUCAUAGUGGAUCAAUUUGAAUGAAAUUUUCAGCAAAUUGCCUUUAUAUUAUUUAGUCUUUAACUAUUAUAGUGAGAACUGCCAGCUCGUUAUCUAAUCUCCCAUAAUGUAUCUUUAAAAUGCAUCAUGUGUAAGAUUUCGAUAGAGAAUGGACAGUUCUCACUAUAAUAGUUAACAAAAUUAAGAAUGGAAAGGGAAUUUAUUUCAGUGUGAACGAAGUUAUGGCCAUUUGAAGAAUAGUGUAGUCUCGAUUGCCAUUUCUGCAGAUAAACAUUUAUCCAUUUUUCUACUUCAACAUUGUCCGAAAAUCACGUUUUUAGCUUGUGAACACUCUAGAUGUCACAAUUUUUAUCCGGUUUUAAAAAUACAUUUAAACAUAUGUUUAUAUCCCAAAGAUUGGGUUUAUGUAGAUACUUGCGCGUAUCGUGUCCCAACUUCCUGGAUCAUGGCCCCUGAUUGUACGAAAAAUAGGUUUUGGUUAUGGCCCCUGAUUGUACGAAAAAUAGCUUUUUGUUCUCUGUCCGUCUCUUGCUACAAGUGGAUGUAUCUUGGAUGGCAACCGCUUGUUUAAUUAAAUUAUUAACUGUAGACCAUCCGAUGGUCUAGAGAGUUGCUUACAGGCUUGGGAUUUGAAUAAAUGUCUAAUUAAUGAUUUAUAUAACAUUUGAGGUCAAACUCAAGAUCUACAAUAGGCAAACUUAGUUCUGACGUAAUUAAUAAACUUUAAAAGUGGGAGCCUCAGCUAACACGGGAACCGAAGUCUUGGCCUCAUGGACGACCUUGGGAUGUAGACUAUGGUUGCCACUAAAGUCUGAACUAUCCCGUGCUCUAUCGUAUGGUACGGCUGGUCACGACCACGACUGGGACCAUAUUGCGAAAAUCCGCGCAACCGAAGGUCACCCAUCCUCGGUAUCCCCAGUGUACUCAUUCCGUUCUACUCCACUGGGUUAAUCCAUAGAAUUUCCACGAUUACAAAUUAUAUGCCCUAAAUUGAUUGUAGAUAAAAUCUACGAACCAACCAAAAAACAGUUUACAAACCAGUCUUUUCGCAUUCGUUUUUAUAGUAGAUAACUAUAUUCAUGUCCAUUCACUGAAUGAUUUAUGUAAAUAAUGUAUAUAUUUCUAAUUCAUUUAUAUUUAAUUGUAUUAUCAAAAUCUGUAGUAUGUUUCGCUGAUUUCAAAUAUGUAUAACAUCUAUAUGUUUGACUUUUGUUAUUAUUAUUAUUAUUCGGUCUUUGUCUGAAAUGUUUCAUUCUGUUAUGUUUAUUAUUAUUGAACUUAUACUUGGCAAUUUUAUUCUUGAUAAAACUCUAGUCUGAUUAAAACACAGAUCAAUAUUUCGUUUCGUAUCAUACUUUCGAUGGCCUAAACCACAAGAUCUGACCAGUUUUGCUCACUCGGCAAACCUCGGCAGAUUCCGUUACUGUACUGUAAGUGAUAUGUACCUACGUCUAUGCAAUUGCGAUGCGGCACCGGUUUACUUAUUAGGAAAACUUGCCGCUUUUUAAAAAUGAAGUUGCGUCGUUCGAAGCGUGUGUAGAAUUUUCAGUGCAAAGUUGUCCUUGGUUGAAAAAAAUCGGAUAAACUUGAAAGAAAAACAGCUUCAGACUUUGAAAUAUUUGUAUGAUAAAACAUUCUUCAACGGCGUCGUCACGGGCAACGCCAUUGGUAAUCCGGGAACUUGAAAGUAGUUCCAAUGGCUGACUUCGUCAUACAGCCGAGGCUAGAUGUAGGGUACUGGAAUCUGCUGAGGCUUGCGAGUGCAGUUUUGCUGAAAGGUCGCGUCAGGGGUCGUACGAGCGGCUUUUGGCCCUAUGACGUCAUACAUUCAUUAAUCAACGUUGACGUUUCUAGUGGUUUACCCACAGUUCCGUGCAUGACACGCCAAGAAGUCGCCGUAACAGUAGGUUUCAUUGGCUAAUCCCUCAGAAGUACAGACAAAUAAAACGAAAUUUUGAACUACAAAAAAACGAAACGAAAAUGGAAUCUUUGUUUUAAUCAGAUUGGAUUAUCUUGUAGAUGAACUCUUAUCUACAGUGCCAAUAUAUGUUUUAGAUUAGUUUAAUUAAUACACUAACGGUGCGAGUUGGUGCGUCACAUAACCAAACUGCUCUCAUCGUGAGUAAUCGAACCAUCUCUUCUGCGAGUUAUUUCCCUUCUCUCCGAGGGCGCUUUUUGGUUUAUUCUUCGUGUUUAUUCAGUCGUAUUUUUCUGUACACAAUACUCAGUCAUAAUAUAAACUAAUAGUUUAUCUUA